GAAUGGAAUCCCAAGACUACUUCUCUGCAUCAAGCACUCCUCAUCUAAGCUACAAGCUUCAAGAUCCAGGAUUUUUUUGUGUUGGUCGGAUGUUCUCUAUGCUCUUUACAGAAGCGUACGGGUCUACAGCAACAGCCGACAAUUCCUUCAUAAGAGCAGCACCAUUCGUCAGCGAGCAGAUAGACACACAAAUCAGACGAUUCAUCGUUGUGCGAGUUCCACCCCGUAAGACUUAUUUCUAUGCGUGUCCGGUAUUCACUUAUGGGGGUGGUGCAACUCGAGAAAUAGGAGUAGAUCCUGAAGAACAUGCAGUCGUAUAUUCUGUUGGAGAACCCCCACAGCUACUAAAGGGAGAGACUCACAAGACCAUUGGAGUAAUCAUGGAUAGUAGCGAGCCUGCCCUACCCGCAGCAUGCCGCAUAAGAUUUGGGAUUCAUGUCCCCGUUGAACACAACGUUAAAGUCAAGAAUUUAGGCAUGGUUCAGCCAGAUGACCUGGCAAGAUUGGUUUUUUACUGGCAACAACACACGAUAGCUUAACAUUUUUGAUCAGUUUGAAUACUUGACUCUGUCUACCUUUCUCUUUUUCGGGUACCUGUACUAUCUUCUCCCCUCCUGAUCGAAUGUCUCAAGAUAGACACGCUGUUUGAAAAGAUCUUCUGUCUUUUCGCAAUGUGUGCAAAUCCAGAGGCGUAGUGGUCAUAAUGUAUCUAGCUAUCUGAGUGUGUUGUCGCUAGUACAGUGCCUUUAUAAAUCUUACCAGAGUCUACUGAUUUCUACUUGAAGACAUGCAAGCUAGUCAGGGUACUAUCAAACCUGUAGAGACUCAG